CUUGAGCUUUUGACAGCUGUUGUCAACACAUUGAAGGAGUUGCUUUGGUUAGGAAAGUGUCGAAGUCAUAAACACGUGUGGUUAUUUUGAAGUUAGUGAUAGUGCGUCUUGUCCGACAAUUUAAUCAGAAUGCCGCCUUUUAGAAAAGGUUUAUUGAAGAGAAAAGUAGAUGCUGAAGACGUGGUGCAAAAUGAAGGCGUGAACACAAUUAAUCAGACCGAAGAAACAGAUCAAGAUUUAAUCACUGGACAACUGGAUGCCGCCAGUGACACAACAGACUCCGAACAUGAAGACAACACAGAAGUGUUUUCGGAUCAUGAAAGAGAUGAGGUUCUAUUUGAUGAAAGUGCUGACUCAACAUUUGGAGAUGACGAACAAGCAGAUGAUGCUUCAGAUUCAUCAUCAGAUGUCACAGACUCUGAGGACGAUGGGGAGUCUGGAGAGGAGGAUGCCGACUCAGACAGCGAGGCGGACAGCGGCGCGGAGUCUGGCCCUGCGCCGCCCUCCGGCGACAGCGCGUCGGACGAGGAGCGCAGCAAGGCGCGGCCGGCCGGCAGAGUCAAGAUAAAACCAGACGCCGCAACCCAGCACACGGACACUAGCGUCGACAGACUGGCAGACAGUAUCCACAAAGCUACUGUAAACACACAACCUGUCACACAGAAAGAUGAGUAUUCGUCGGGCGACACGUCGGACGAGGAGGACCGGCGCAACACAGUGGGGGACGUGCCACAGUGGUGGUACCGCGAGUACCCGCACGUGGGCUACGACCUGGACGGCCGCCGCAUCAUCAAGCCGCCGCAGCGAGACCAGAUCGAUGACUUCCUCAAAAAAUGUGAAGAUCCCGAGUUCUGGCGGACGGUGCGCGACCCCAGCACGGGGCAGGACGUGGUGCUGAGCAAGCAGGACCUGGAGCUGCUGCGGCGCGUGCGCGCGGGGCUCGUGCCCAGCGCGCAGCACGACGAGUACGCGCCCUGGCUCGACUGGUUCAGCCGCGACGUGCUGGCCGCGCCGUUGCGCGCCUUCCCCGACCACAAGCGCUCGUUCCUGCCGUCGCGCGACGAGGCGCGCGCCGUGGGCCGCCUCGUGCACGCGCUGCGCAUGGGCUGGGCCAAGACGCGGCGCCAGCUGGCCGACGAGCGCCGCCAGCGCCGCCAGCGCGCCUUCUACGACCUGUGGGGCGCCGGCAGCGCCGACGCGCGCGCCCUGCAGCGCCACAUCCCGGCGCCGCGCCGCCCGCCGCCCGGACACGCCGAGUCCUACAACCCGCCGCCCGAGUACCUGCUCGACGCGCAAGAGAUGAAGGAGUGGAACAAGCUGAGCGAGACGCCGUGGAAGCGCAAGUACACGUUCCUGCCGACCCGGCACGCCAGCCUGCGCGCCGUGCCCGCGUACGAGCGCUUCACGCGCGAGCGCUUCCUGCGCUGCCUCGACCUGUACUUGGCGCCGCGAGCCAUCAAGAUGCGGCUGACGAUCGGGCCCGAGGCGCUGGUGCCGACGCUGCCGUCGCCGCGGGAGCUGCAGCCGUUCCCCACGUUCGAGGCGCAGUGUCUGCGCGGCCACGACGGCCUCGUGCGCAGCGUCGACUUCGACCCCAGCGGCCAGUACAUCGCCUCGGCCGGCGACGACGGAACCGUGCGCGUGUGGGAGACGGGGUCGGGACGCUGCGCGCGCGUGCUGCAGCUGGGCGGCAGCGUGGCGCGCGUGGCGUGGCUGCCGGCGGCGGGGCUGGUGUUGCUGGCGGCGGCGGUGGGGCCGCGCCUGCUGCUGCUGGCGCCGGGGACGGGCUCGCAGCGCGCCGUGGAGCGCACCGACGAUCUGCUGGCUGAGGCGCCGCCCGACCAUGACGGCUCAGCGGAGUGCCGCGCGGCGACGUGGGAGCGCGUGGAGCCGGCGCAGUGGGCGCGCGGCGUGCGGGGCUCGGUGCUGCAUGCGCGCGAGGUGGCCCACGUGUGCUGGCACGCGCGCGGGGACUACGUCUGCUGCACGCUGCGGCCGGGCGCGGCGGGCGGCGCGGGCGGGGCGCGCGCCGUGCUGGUGCACCAGCUGUCGCGGCGCCGCUCGCAGCUGCCGCUGGCGCGCUGCAAGGGGCUGGUGCAGUGCGCGCUGUUCCACCCGACGCGGCCGCAGCUGCUGGUGGCCACGCAGCGCGUGGUGCGCGUCUACGACCUGCUCAAGCAGGAGCUGGUGCGCAAGCUGCUCACGGGCGCGCAGUGGAUCAGCAACAUGGCCGUGCACCCCGCCGGGGACAACCUGCUGGUCUGCUCCUACGACAGGAAGUGCAUAUGGUUCGACCUGGAGCUGUCGUCGAAGCCCUACCAGACGCUGCGGCUGCACGGGGGCGCUGUCCGCUCCGUGGCCUUCCACCGCCGAUACCCGCUGUUCGCGUCCGGCGGAGACGACGACAACAUCGUCGUCAGUCACGGCAUGGUCUACAACGACCUGCUGCAGAACCCGCUGCUGGUCCCGCUGAAGCAGCUGCGGGGCGGGGCGCGCGCCGCCGACCUGCUCGUGCUGGACCUGCGCUGGCAUCCCACGCAGCCCUGGCUGCUCGCCGCCUGCGCAGACGGCACUCUGCGCCUCUACGCCUAGUGUGCCGCCGUGGACCCAUAUACUUGAACAUUUCACCUUUCUUUAUCAAACUGUAUAUUCCUUGUUAUGACUCAUUGUAAAUACGUGCUAAUUGUAACCUAAUAAAUGUUUAAGCCAAAUAUAUUCGGGUAUUGUUUGUGUUCCGCCCGCGUCCAGAAACUGCAAGUGUAUGUACCUAUCUAUACUAAUAUUAU